UACUCGGACGGUAUUAACUGUAACACCAAACAAAUCGUCAACUUUAACACGUGCGGGACUUUUUCUUAACGUUCGCGCUGUGUAUAAACGUAAGGAUCUUAGCUAAAUAAAACACGUAUACCUAAGGCAGAAAAUGGUGGGGAAAAUUAAACGGGUCCGGCAGAAGCUCCAUCACGGCGCCGUGAAGCUGGAAAAUGAGCACCAAAACAGACCCACGCAGGAGAAGAUACUGAUCAAACCCGUUCAACUCACACAAACAGAUUCACAAGAGACCAAACUCAGCACAUCUGACAGCAGCAUCAACAAUAAUUCAAAGGCUUUCAGUUUUCCCUCUGGAGUUUUUGCUGGAACUAAGAUCUCUAAAGAGUCUUUAGUUCAGACGCUGAAAGUUGAUGAAGCAUCACAUGUGACCAACAGCAAACCGUCUGCAGGAGAACACAAAGGCACAGGAGAAAAGAAACAGCAGUCGAAGAAAGAAAAGAUGAAGGAGCGCAGGGAAAGAUGGCUUAACAAGAUCAGUGCGAUCAAGCUUGCGCGUGAGCAGCAGGUGGCGCAGGCGCGGAGGAAGGCCACACCCGUGGUGGGCGACAUGAGGCCGCUGGCAGACGCCCUUCCUGAACUAUCCCUGCUCCUCCCGUCUCUCAAAACCCCUGCCGGCGCACAGCGGAGAAACAAAGCUUUGGUUAAGAAGAAACCAGAACCCACAAACUUCAGCUUGAUGAAACCAGCCCAGAAACGAAAACUACUCGAAACUGAAGCAUCUCACUUCAGCGAAGCCAUGAAAAAUCCUGCCUUCAAGACCAACCUUUUAGCUUCGCUUGGUGAUCACCUGCGAAAACGUCUCAAACAGGAAGAGGAACAGAGUUAACCGCGACUCUGCUGCGCCGCCCUGUUGGUAGAGUCCAACAAAUACAGUAAAACAGGUUUUGGACUUCCAUAACAGAAUAUGAAAAUGAAGAGGAUUCCAGAGAUUUGCGUAACUUGCUUUAUCUGACAUGCAUAAACACUAUGGAGGAAACGGUUUAUCGCGGUUUCUCAAGUGUAAUACCGUAAAUUAAUUUCAUGAGUUUGCUUUAAUAAUCAUGUUGCCAGAUAUUUAAUGAGUGUUUCCACGCUGUCUGUUCCACAUGGUCUUGGCAAGAUAAAAAUAAAUCCAUUGGAAAAUGA